GGCUGCAUUGUGCCAGCUUGUCAGUUUGUUGCCUGCGCUUUGAGCGGCGGCCACCCGGCCCAACCAACCGCCCUUGUCCAAGAACAGCAAUGAGGCGGACGGCGGCGUUGCUGUCGCGCCACGGCGGCGGGCGCGGCAUCCCGCAGGCGCUCUCCGACGUGCUGGUCUGCCCCCUCUCCAAGAAGCCUCUCAGGUACUGCGAGGCCAGCGGGUCUCUGGUCAGCGACGCCGUCGGCGUGUCCUUCCCGAUAGUCGAUGGAAUUCCUUCUCUUGUACCACAAGAUGGAAAGUUGCUCCAGGACCACCAGGACAAAUCAGAACAAGAGUCCAGCCCUAGGAAUUCUUCUGGUUGAAUUUGUGUUGUUGCAAUAGUUGAUAAAAUUGCUCUGUAGUAAGAAGAUAUUGUCUGUAAUAAUGCUAUCUUCAAAUUGGUGCUUCUAGUAGUAAAUCAUUGCCUUGUUGAUGUGUACCGACUUUUUUUUUUUUUUGUUCAAUGGAUUGCAGUGAUUACAUGACUGCUGUUGAUAAGGCUAAUAUGGUUUCACCUUGAAUAAAAGCGACAGACAUAUAACAAACUUUCGUCAUGUU